AUGCCAGCACCACAAACCACACCUCCACCUCCACCUCACCCCACUUUAUCUUCCGCUGCAUCUAGCAAAACACCACCACCACCUCCUUCCCCUUCCUCUUCUCUCUCAGUAGUUCACCAAGUUGGCUCGAGGCAAGCCACUCGCACUCGAACACAAACUCGCCGCAACAUGUCUUCCUCCGCUUCUGCUUUGCAUCGCACUCCUCGCUAUUCCAACGACGACCACCCCAUGGCACCUCACAACCUUGCUGCACGCGGAUACCACUCUUUCCGCUCUCUCGGCGUUCCUUUCCACGUCAAGCAGCGUUAUACAUUCCUUCGUGAGCUCGGCAUCGGUGCUUAUGGAUGUGUAGCCCUGUGCCGUGACGAGGUGCUCGAAUGCAAUGUUGCCAUCAAAAAGGUCGCUCGCAUUUUCGAGAAGGAUGUUCUUGCAAGGAGAGCUCUGCGCGAAGUCGCAUUGCUCCGUCAUAUCGGCAUGUGUGACAACCUCACUGCUCUGCUCGACUUUGACACUGCUUUCAUCGACUUUUCCGAGAUCUAUCUUGUUCUCUCCGCAAGCGAAGCCGAUCUCUCCCAGAUCAUCCGAUCAGGCCAGGCACUUUCCGACGCUCACCACCAGUACUUUAUCGCUCAGAUCCUUCGUGGCCUUCGCUACAUGCAUGCUGCCAACGUCAUCCACCGUGAUUUGAAGCCAAGCAAUCUCCUGGUCAAUGGCGACUGCGCUCUUCGCAUCUGCGAUCUUGGUCUUGCUCGAGCUUAUGCCCACUCGGACCACUCCCUCGCUCCACCACCAGCAUCAGCCCCUUCCGCUGACCAGAGCCAAGCCAAGCCAGGAUCCAGCAUCACCAGCCAUCCUCCCGAGCUCAACCCAUCACCACCACCACGCUCACCCUCACGCUCACCCUCACGCUCACCCUCACGCUCACCCUCACGCUCACCCUCACGCUCACCCUCACGCUCACCCUCACGCUCACCCUCACGCUCACCCUCACGCUCACCCUCACGCUCACCCUCACGCUCACCCUCACGCUCACCCUCACGCUCACCCUCACGCUCACCCUCACGCGCCUCUGAUUUGCACCUUCAGCUCUACAAGACCGACUGCAAGGGCAAGCAAAAGCGUCUCAACUUCCCCGGCGGUCCUCUUACCGGAUACGUCGCUACAAGGUGGUACCGUGCUCCCGAAGUCAUGCUCUGCUUCCGUGAGGGCUACGGUCCCGAAAUGGACAUGUGGUCCGUCGGUUGCAUCCUCGCAGAACUCAUUGCAGGUGCACCCAUCUUUGGCGGCAAAGACUAUGUCGAUCAGAUCGCACGCAUCAACAAUGUCCUCGGUUCCCCCUCUGAAGCUCUUCUCGACAAGAUCGGUUCCGAGCGCGCAAAGACUUACAUCAAGUCGCUUCCCAACAUGCCUCCUGUGCCCCUCGAGAAGCUCUACCCCAACGCCAAUCCAGAGGCGCUCGACUUGGUCGCCAAGUUGCUUACUUGGGACCCUGAUCAGCGAUUAACUGCUCAACAGGCCUUGAUGCAUCCCUGGUUGAAGGCUUAUCACGAGUCCAAUGCCAGGUGGCAGUCGCCUCAGCCUUUUGACAAGUUUGCUGAAUUAGAGUUUAUUCGCUCCUUGCCUCAAUUCAAGCGCAGCUUGCAGAGGGAGGCCGAUGAGAUGAGGAUCGAGUUGGAAGAAAUCGAGAGGGAGGAGAUCGAGAGUCUUGGUCGUGGUGCAGACCAAGGUCAAGUUGCAAAUGCGGGGAAUGCUAAUAGGGGAAAUGCUAAUGCGGGGAAUGCUAAUGGUGCCCAUCAGGAUCGUCACCUCCCGCAAGAGCAGCAGCAAGUCGAGCAAACCACCGGCGAUGCCAACGCCAACGCUAACCGUGACGCUCACCACCUAGACGAGAAUGCGGAGAACAACAUCACCGACAAAGCAGACUCGGGAAACGUCCAGCGGGCAGAUGACGCCGUCGACCAGCCAACAACAGCGCAUGACCACCAGCAGCGCGGCCAAGUCGACGCCGAUGCCCCUGCGCAGUCCCACCUCUCCCAUCACGACCAUCACCACAAUUCUUCCGACGAUCUCCUCGACCAUGGCGCACUCUCCUGCGACGCUUCUACUCGAUCAGGGCAUCUUCCUGCCGACACUGCUUCCUCUUCUUCCAUCCACACUCCUCCUUCCACUUCUGGCGCUAGUGCAGACGAAGCCGAACCACCUUCGCCGCGCCUUUACAACGCAGCAUCAUGCACAAUGUCCACUGCACUCCAAAGCCGCCCAGAACAUCUGGAGCAAGGAAAAGCAUUACGAAAGCCACCUUCGUCUUUUCGGCUAGGGCAUGAAGCGGAAGGACGUCUUCUCCAACCCUUCUCCCUCGAGGAGGCGAGAAGGGGGGACGUCUUCAUGCCCAAUCAAGUCCUUACCGUGGCGCGUGGACUGGUUGAAUAUCAGUACACAGCAGGCGCAGGCGGUGAGACGACUUGCCUUCCGACGCAACAGCAACCGCUUUCGAGGAGCGAUACGAUGAAGGCUAGUUCGCAUUCCAGUCAUGGAGCAGUAACCGGAGCAGCAACAUCGUCAAGUGUACCAAGUGGUAGGGCGACCAGUGGACGCGGUGGUGGAGGUGGAGUUGCAAGCACGCCUUCUCUAGGGCAAAGUCUCUUGGACGAUAUCAUGUUUGCUCCUGCUGAUCGAUCUUCCAGCGGGCUGAAGAGUGUUUCUUCGCAUCGAUAUGGCAAGCAGUUGGUCAUUCUUCAAGAUUCGCUGGUGCAGUCCUCGACCCCCCUGAUUAGGGAGUUGAUCGCUCGCAGUGCACAGCGUAACCACCCUGUUCUGCUAGUAUCUACGUUGCGCAGACCAGAGACGUACCUCGAUGGCAUCGCGGCUGGGCGAGUUGCAACUAUCGAUGCUACCACUCUGGCUAAUGCCUACGACCCAGAUGCGAUCAAAUCGACGAUCGAGCUUACAGAACGUAUCAAAACCCAGCUCUCCUCCCUCAACGCAAGCACGACAAAGUCAACGGUCAUCAUUGACUCGCUCAACCUCGUCUCGCACGUACAGCAAAACGGUGUUGCGGGAACAAGCAAGCUCGUUGGCGAGGCUCUUUCCUUCAUUGGCGCAUCUGGCAAAUUCAUCGUUGGGCUGCAGAUGGGUGGUGUGGAAACAUCGACUUGUGCAGCUCUUAUCUCCGCACUGCAUUCUCCAUUGAUCUGGCGUUCCUCCUCUCUCACCUCUGCUGCAGCGGGAGGAGCAGGUGGAACAGUCCUCUCCACUACUAUCCACCCACCAGCACUGCUACGUCACAUUUUCAAGCAGUACACACUCAAACCUCCAUCCUCAAGCAGCGCUGUCCGUAGAGCACUCGAUUUUGCUGACGAGGGGCAGGAAGAAGAGGUUGAUGUCCGCUUCUGGGAUGUUCUUCGCAAUGUCGCCAGUCGUGGACCGAUGGGAGUGGCGGGAUACGAAGCUGGUGGCCAUGUGCCUGGAUGGUGGGUUGCUGAACAAUGUGCCUUCGAGUCUCUCUCCGCUAUCGCUACCCAAGGUGGAAGAAGUGGGGAGAGUGAGGGAGGGCAAGCGAUGAGCUGCAUUACUCUCACUGACCUGCUCAACCCUUCUCGCACUGGCUACGCGAUCUUGGAAUGCCACUACACGAGGAACGGGAAGAAGUACGAGGAGAUCAUCGGGCUCAUCAACUCCAUCAGUGACAAAGGAUUAGGAUUGGUGCCGUUGGACAUGGUCGAUCAUUCCACCCCUUCCACUUCCACCUCUGCUUCAGCACCAGCAGACGCGGGAGGAGAUAAACACAACUCCAUGCUCGGAAAUCUCUCGUUCAAUCUCAACGAAACUUGGGAGCAACGAUCCAGACGCGAAACUGUUCCCUUGCCCUACGCUUAUCACCAGAACGCACCAGCAGAGCCGGCGAUAGGGGAAGAAGGAGGAGCGGCGUUGAGGGGUACAACAGGAAAUGCGAAAAUCUUCUUCGAACCUGAAGCGGACGACGAUGAGGAUGAUGAAGAUCCAGAUGAUGAUUUGGAUCUUUAG